ACCUCAAUACUUAAAAUACUUGUAAAGCAUUUGCUACCAUUCACCAUUAUCUCUCAUUCUCAUUCUCAUUCUCGCAAUUCUGAUCUUUCCUAAGAAGUUGCAAGUUUUUUGACGGCUCACGACUCGUUGAGGUGGUCUACCAAAAGGACUAAACAACAAAACAUAUCUUUUUCCAACAAAAAAAAAGAAAGUCAAUCAUCAUCAUGAAGUUCUCAAUCUCAGCACUGAAGCAGGUACAACCAAUCUUGAGCUUCAAAAACAAGGUAUCUAUGGUCAAUGUCAACUCUUUUCUCCAUCCCAAAGAGAAAGUCGUCUUUGUGAUGGGAGCUACCGGAUCGGGUAAGACUCGUCUCGCCAUCGACCUAGCAACUCGUUUCCAAACAGAGAUCAUAAACUCCGACAAGAUUCAACUUUACAAGGGUCUCGACGUGCUUACAAACAAAGUGACCCCUCAAGAAUCCCGAGGCGUGCCCCACCAGUUGCUCGGAGUAUUAGACUCGGAAUUCGGAAACCUAACGGCCAUCCAGUACAGCCGCCUUGCAUCACAAGCAAUCUCAACACUCUCAGCGAACCAUAAGCUUCCCAUAGUAGCCGGUGGAUCAAACUCUUACAUUGAAGCACUUGCAAACCAUACCUCAGGGUUCUUGUUAAAUAAUUACGAAUGCUGUUUCAUUUGGGUUGACGUUUCCUUACCCGUACUCAAUUCCUUCGUCUCAAAACGCGUUGACCGCAUGAUGGAAACAGGAUUACUCGAAGAAGUGAGAGAAGUAUUCAAUCCCAAAGCGGAUUAUUCCGUGGGGAUACGAAGAGCUAUCGGAGUCCCGGAGCUUCACGAAUACUUACGUUACGAAUCUCUUGUUGACCGUGCCACACAAAGAAUGAUGCUUGACGUAGCGGUUAAAAAUAUCAAAAAGAACACAGAAUUAUUAGCUUGUCGACAGUUUAAAAAGAUUCAACGUCUGAACAAGAAAUGGAAGUUGUCUAUGCACCGCGUGGACGCUACUGAGGUGUUCUUGAAACAUAACGUAGAAGAACAAGAUGAGGCUUGGGAUAGUCUUGUAGCUAGACCGAGCGAGAGGAUCGUCGAUAAGUUUUAUAAUAAUCAUAAUCAACUUAAAAGUGAUGAUGUUGAGCACUGUUUGGCGGCGUCGUCUUACGGCGGAGGAAGUGGAAGUAGAGCCCACAAUAUGAUAUGAAAAGUUUUGUCAUUGAUCAUUUGAAGCUUUUUGGAGUGUGAGAAUUAAAGAUUUCUUAUGUGUGGUGGUGAUUCCACGGAGGUUUUCGCAACGUACGCAUGUGUGAGAUAUUACCCCAAAAAAGAAAAAAAAAGAAAACAAAAGUUUUUUUUUUCUUUUUGGUUGUUAAAAUGUUUGUAUAUAAAGAUAUUCGGUUAAUAUUAAAUGUUUGAUACCUAUUGACCACACGAGUUCAUGAUAACCGAAAGUUAUAAUUCCUUGUGCCACGAUUAGAUUACGUGUAUUUGUU